GGGAGGGUCCGAGUACUAGAACGACAUUGCCACGACAUGACUCAUCUCUGCCGCUGCAUCGCUCUUCUUCGAUGCAGCUUCGUCAGGGGCAGACAUCUCAGGACCAUGGCACGGGCUUGGAUUCGAUGCCCGAGCAAUUUCUUUCCCCUAACCCAUAUGCGUACACAGGAUAUGAUGCAUACACCCAAGGUGAGGGAUCUCAGCCGUAUCUCUCCAUGCGAGGGAUCCCCAUGCCCGAGGAGACUCGUGUACCAGAUUUAAACCAGCACCACGUACAAUGGCCAGACAGUAUAGGAGAGGGAUAUGCUCAGGACACACCUGAUGUUAAUUGGGGCGAUGAGAACACCCAACGCGGCGUCAACACAGGCCUCCGGGGAGCAUCACAUGAUCAUGGCGUCAACACAGGCCUCCGGGGAGCAUCACAUGAUCUUGGCGACACGGUUACGUCAUUAGUUACAGAGUUCUUCGGAGGGGACGUUAUUGGCCCAUCUUUUAUCCCCCCGGAGUCACAACCAUACGCCUACAAUUACGCUUCAGGUUCGCAACAAGGAUUCGUGACUCCGUCACCUACGCAGGACUCGUAG